AUGGGGGAAUGCGGCGACCAGAUUGAUCGACGACGCCGGUACCGCACCGAUGGUCAUCCCCAGGCCCUGCAGAGGCCCGCGCCCGGCGGACACGACGGCAUGGGCCGCACCGCAAGUCGGGUUGAUGGCGGCCUCUCGUCGACGGCUCGACAUUGCCAGGGUCCGUCGCCGUGUCGUUGGGAGGUGGCCGCCUACCUGCUGCCUGGCGCGCACCCACCAGGAGCGGCACCCAGCAGGGCAGCAGCAGAGCACGGCACCCAGCAGAGCACGGCACCCAGCAGAGCAUGGCACCCACCAAAAAAGAACGGCACCCAGCAAAGCACGGCACCCAGCAGAGCAAGGCACCCAAAAGGCACUCACCAAGCAAAGGCACUCACCAAGCAAAGGCACUCAACAAGCACGGCACCUACCAAGCACGGCACCCGCCAAGCACGGCACCCGCCAGGCGCGCACCCACCGAGAACAGCAGCCCCCAGGCGUCAACCAACCCUCGACCAGCCAGCGCGCGGUGCUGGCACUGCCGGUCUAGGCACCAGCAUUCGGUCGACCGACUUGCAGUAUAUCAACAACGGCUGCGGCCGCGAGAGCGCUGCAUGCGUCACGCACAUGUCCUCCUCAUCCUCUUCACCAACGAGCCAUGUCCGGCUCCGCAAGAACGGAGAAACUCGAUCACGUGGCCAUGAGCACGAACUUGCACGGCACCUACCUCGCAUUUCUCCUGCAAGCCUGCGCGUCGCUGUUUCAGCAAAGUCGACAGCGCUGGUCCCGGGCGUCAUCGGCCGGCACAACCAACGCAACCCUCACGAUGCCCGCAAACGACAGGCCAGCCGAAAACCUACCGGCGUCGCCUUCGAGGGCCGCGUCAAAGUCGAAGCGGCCGGAAACACCCCUGCGGGAACCGCCGCCGCCGCCGCCGACGACGACGACGACGACACCCUCGACGUCGAAAGCGACGAGCACAGGGCAGUACCCGGAUCAUGCUCCCGACGAGGAUGA